ACACAAAAAUAUUACCUAUGUAAAACUUACGCCCAAUCAUGCCAAUAUAUCAGAAUUUUAAGAAACGUGUAAAGAAAAUUUAUUGGUACUAUACUUGCUUAAGUAGUUGACAUUAAUAAUUUAGGAAGGAAGAUAAGUGUAGUCGAAAAACUUAUAGGAUUUAUAUGUAAUUUCUCUAAACCCUUAGGGAAGUUGAGUUAAUAGAAGCAAUUAUGAGUAAGACAUAUAAAUAUGACAAUAAAUUAUCGAGAGGCGAGAGCGAUAAACACGCGCCGAGAGAUUACGUGGAGCAGAAAACCUCAUCUGAAACCUGAAAUAUAAGGAAAUAUGUCCCCUCUUUCUCUAUCUUUCUUGGUCUGCCGUGGCAAUCAAGAUAAUCAAACCCUACCUUCCUUCCAUUUCCGCCACCCUCCUCCUCCCCUUUCUCUCUCUUCCCCCCAAAAAACACCCAAAAAAAAAGAAAAAAAAACCCUCAAAUUUCAUAAUACCUAAAGCUCAUUAUCAUCAAUCAAUAUCCCAAAAAGAUAACAAAACUACCAUAUUUCUUUGCCACCAGCAAACCCACCCAAAAAAAAAAGUUAAACUACAAUGAAAAUGCGCAGCAAAGGCAAAGUUCAUCCCUCUCCCACUUCUUCUCCUUCAUCCCCUUCUCCAGAUUCCUUAUCUGUUCUGAAGCUAUUGCCAGCUGCUAUUUUAGCCUUAAUCUCGGUUCUUUCUCUUGAAGACCGUGAGGUUUUAGCUUACCUUAUUACCCGCUCACUCAAAUCCACCAACCCACCUUCCUUUUUUCAACCCGAAAAAACCCCUUCCAAGAAAAUUAAUCAUACCCAUCUCAAGAAAUCAUCUAUCACUGGUACUAAUACUGCUUCUGGUGGCCGUACUAAUGCUCAUAGCAAUGGUGGAAGUAAAACGCCUCUGUUUGAUUGCGAGUGUUUUGAUUGUUACACCAGCUUUUGGUUCAGGUGGGAUUCUUCGCCUAAUCGUGAGCUUAUUUCUCACGCCAUUGAAGCAUUUGAGGAGAACUUGAACUUGGGCGAGCAGUCCAAGAAAGGUGGGAAGAAUCGGAAGAAGGACAAAUCGGGUCGGCGUGGGUUGGAGAAGAAAUUGGAUUUUUCCGACCCGGAAGUUUUCGGAUGUGGUUCUUCGGGGUCUUCACCGGCGGCGGUUGCGCCGGUGGAGGAAAUCAGCUCGUUAGUUCUGGGGAAGGUCGACAUCGAGAAUGGAAUUGCUCUGCCGCCGCCCCUGUCACCGGAGAAGGAUGAGGGGUCGGGUCACGGCGCUGGAAGUGGCCGAGAGUUGGUGAAUACGGUGGUUGACUCGCCGGAGCUAGCGGUGGUUAAGGACGGUGGAGAAACAGCAGCUGCUACAGUAACCGCGGCGGCGGAUAACCAUAAAGGCCUGGCCAGAAAAGUACUGCCGGACGUGAUGGGGUUAUUGAAUUCGCGCUUAUGGAAUCUUUGGAGUCCGAAUGUAUAAAGAAAUGAUAAAAACCAAAAAAAAAAAAAAGGAAAAGAAAAAAAGAGGUGGGAAAGAUUAAAAAGAAAUCUUCAAAUUCCACUCUUCUUUUUUUGUUGUUUAUUAGUUCGAGGAAGAAAAAGAAGGGGUUGCAUUAUUGCGUUGUGGUAGGCAUUUGCCAUUCCUUCUCUCUCGAAUAUAUAAUUCCCUUAGUUGUUAAAAAAAAAAUUUGACAGUUUCUUAUAUUCUAAUUGAGUUUUAGUUAUUACUCCCUUUGUUUAAUUCCUCUUUCGGUGUCAAAUUCGAAAGAAUCUGAGUUUCAAAGUGGGGGAAUUUUUUUCCCGUUUGGGCCGGCAAUGUGUCAUUUUCACCCUGCUGACAAUGGAACAGUAGCUCUUUGCUGAAACUACCUCUCAGUGAUUGAAUUUGCAUUUGGAUUUUGCUUAGUAGUUAAGAAUUGCAUUAUGUAUGUCUUGAGAUUUUGUUCGAUGCAGAUAUUUUUUUGGGUUUGUUGGGCCAUUUGUUUUUUUUUAUUCAUCUUUGAGAUGAUUGAAGGGAAUAUAUGGUUUUGAUUAGUGGCCUAUUUGUUAAUUGGGUGUCGUUAAUGUUCUGUAAUGGCCUAAUGGGUGCAAUUUUUUUUUUUUUUUUUUGGGUAUUGUUUUUUUAUUCCUUUUGGUAAAGAAUCAUCUGAAAUCAGCAACCAUAAUAAUGCUCUUGGUGAACAGAUGCUCAUAUCUUGUAUACUCUGUGUGUGUGUGUGUGUGUGUGUUUUAAUUUGAUCAACUGGUUUUCCAUUUGGCGGACUACAGAGUUGUUUUUUUUUCUUUUCUCCCCUGU